AUGAAGUUUAUGAAACUUGGUUCUCGCCCUGAUACCUUCUUCAGUUCUGAAUCAGUAAGGUCAGUUUCCUCUGAAGUUUCAAGUGAUCUUGUGGUCCAAGUGAAUGGAACAAAAUAUUUGCUUCACAAGUUUCCACUAUUGUCAAAAUGCUUGAAGUUACAAAAACUCUGUUCUGAAUCCCCUGAAUCCACCCAACAUCAAAUAAUCCACCUCCCAGAUUUCCCAGGAGGAACAGAAUCAUUCGAGUUAUGUGCAAAAUUCUGUUACGGAAUCAAAAUCACCAUCAGCGCGCACAACAUUGUAUCAGCCCGUUGCGCAGCAGAACGCCUUCAAAUGACAGAAAACGUCGAAAAAGGGAAUCUAGUUUACAAACUCGACGCGUUCUUCAACUCUUGUAUCCUCAACGGUUGGAAAGAUUCGAUCGUCACACUUCAAACCACUAAAUGUUUCCAACUAUGGUCCGAAGAGUUGGGGAUCACUAGUCGGUGUAUAGAAGCUAUCGCGUCAAAAGUCAUUUCUAACCCUUUGAAAGUGAAUUUAUCGCGUAACUAUCCGAAGCAAGAAACGGAUAAAGAUGACAUUUCAGGGUGGUGGGGUGAAGAUCUUUCAGAAUUGGGGAUUGAUCUUUAUUGGAGAACAAUGAUUGUCGUAAAAUCGUGUGACAAAGUGUCCGCGAAACUUGUAGGUGACGCGUUAAGAAUCUACGCAUCAAAAUGGCUACAAAAUGUUUCGAAAAAUCUUGAAAAUGAUCAAAAUAGUCGGUUGCUUUUGGAAUCGGUAGUUAGUUUGCUUCCAAUUGAAAGAACCGCGGUUUCUUGUAGCUUCUUGUCGAAACUGUUAAAAGCUGCUAACAUUCUUGGAGCUUCAUCUUCUUCAAGAGCCGAAUUAGCGCAAAGAAUCGGGACUCAACUAGACGAAGCGACGGUUCAAGAUUUAUUGAUCCCUAGUUGUUCUUGUUCAUGUUCUUUAAAUGUUAUGAUGACAUAUGAUGUUGAAGUAGUUUUGACCAUUUUGGAACAUUUUAUGUUACAAAGUCAAAGCCCGCUAACGAGCCCGCCACGUGUCAAGGGGCGAUUCGAGCGGUGGCAUAGAAGGUCAAGAUCUGAAAAUAAUGUUGAUUUUGAGGUGCAAGAAAGUAGAUGUUCUUCAACAUUUCAUAGCUCAAAGAUUAAAGUGGCAAAAUUUGUUGAUGGAUACUUGAAAGAAAUUUCUAAAGAUGUGAAUAUGCCUUUAUCAAAGUUUUUUGCUUUGGUUGAAGUUGUUCCUGAUUUUGCUAGAUUGGAUCAUGAUGAUCUUUAUAAUGCCAUUGACAAUUACCUCAAGUUACACCCGAAUCUCAACAAGACUGAAAGGAAGCGUGUUUGUCGAAUACUCGAUUGCAAAAGGUUAUCUAUGGAAGUCUGUAUGCACGCAGCACAAAACGAGCUUCUCCCAUUACGCGUAGUGGUUCAAGUUCUAUUCUUUGAACAAGCUCGGUCAGCCACUGCUGGCGGAAAGCUGACCGACCUGCCCAAUAACAUCAAAGCACUAUUAGCUGCCCAAGAUGAUUCAUCAAGGCCACAAGGUUCAUUAACCACCAAUAGAAGCAUGGGUCAACCCGAAGACCAAUGGAGUGUUUGGGGUCUCAAGUCACAAACGUCUAAUCUUUCUACUCUAAGAAUGAAGUUGGAAGAAGAUGAGGAUGAAGGUUUUCAUGGUGAGAUCUUGAAAGCUAAUAUAUCUAAAGUGAAGCGACUUUGUUCGCUUCCUAAUCGCCCUAAACGGAUGUUUUGUAAGUUAUGGUCAACGAAUAGAAGCGCAAGCGGAGAAUAUUGAAUGGAAGUAAAACUAUGAAAUUCAGUUGGAGUAAAUCUCUUUCAUUGUGUUCAUUUUUUCUUAUAAAAGUGUCUUGUAAUCUUUAGAGAGUUGAAAUUGUGAAUUGUUGGUGGAAUUUUUAA